CUUACAAAUAAACUGCAAAAAAGAAAAACAACUGUAAACAAUAUAUUGAGAAGCGAGAUGGUGUAUACGGGCUACGAUGGUUCUGCUUUGUACCCAGCUAUGGGCGGGCACAUGACCAUAUCGGGCGAGGCUUCGCCCAAUGAAGUGAGGAACCUCCUGGACUAUGGGGUGCUUAUAAAGCAUCCUCUGGAGCACACCUGGACGGUGUGGCAUUGGGAGAAUGAUCGCUCAAAGAACUGGAGCGAUAUGCUUAAUGAAGUGACAAGCUUCAAUACGGUUGAAGAUUUCUUUACUGUGUACUAUUUUAUCAAGCCACCAUCUCAGCUAAGCGUCUUCAACGAUUAUAUGGUAUUCAAGCAGGGAGUGCGUCCCAUGUGGGAGGAUGAUAUUAACAAAGAUGGCGGCCGUUGGAUUAUAAUGUUGGACAAAAACACCAAGGCCAUGAAUGACAAGUUGUGGCAGGAUUUGCUUUUGUGCAGCAUUGGCGAGUGCUUCCAACACUCGAAUGAGAUCAACGGUGUUGUCAUCAAUGUGCGCAACAAGGCCAACAAGUUGUCUCUCUGGACCAGAAACUCGGCUAAUGCUCACGCUGUGCUGACCCUGGGCCAGCAGUUAAAGGGACUGCUAAAAUUGACCAACGUUGAGAUACAGUACCAGGCCCACAAGGAUGCCAUGGUCCAGCAUGGACCUAAUUUUAAUGCAAUGUAUAAGUUGUAAACGCCCCACUUCAAGCUCCCACAAAAACGCCACAUAGUUAUACUAGUAUACACCUCCAAGAUCCUCUCGAGAUCGUUGUCGUAAAUGCACAGUUCAUUUUGUGUCGGAAAUGUGCAUCUACGAUCGACUCGGAGCCACGAUUACACCGAUACCAGUCCACAGCACACAUCACAUGACAGCGAAACUCCUCUGCACUUGAGUUAUGGUAUAUUGAUAUCCUCAAUAAAGUAUUGCAUGUA